AUGCUCCCAACACCACCACAAUCACCACCUCCAGUCUCCUUUUGUGAAACACCAGAGGAUAGAGUGGGCCUACUACUUGCGAAUCGGCUGGAGCUCACUGGUGUACUUGGUGUCGGUGCAUAUGGAGUGGUAUACUCCGCCAUCGACAUCCAAACGCAAGUACCCUACGCUGUCAAAGCAUUGGAUAAAUCCAACCUGGACCCACGACAGCGAAAGUUUCAGCAAAGGGAGAUCAAGCUGCACCACCUUGCCAGCCACCAUCCCAACGUGGUUUCUCUAGUACGAAUCCUCGAUUCAUCUGAUUGCACCUUUGUUGUUCUUGAAUUUUGCCCCGAAGGCGACCUGUUUUCCAAUAUCACGGAGCGAGGCCAGUUUGUGGGCAAUGAUUACCUUGCCAAACGGGCUUUCCUGCAGAUACUGGAUGCCGUGGAAUUCUGCCACUCUAUUGGGAUCUACCAUCGGGACCUGAAGCCUGAAAAUAUUCUAGUGACUGACAAUGGGAUGACCGUGAAGCUUGCCGACUUUGGACUAGCCACAACUGAAUCCUAUACUUCUGAUUUUGGCUGUGGAUCUACAUUUUACAUGUCGCCAGAAUGCCAACAAUCAAACUUUCUUCCAUAUGCUUCUGCUCCAAAUGAUGUAUGGAGCCUCGGUGUCAUUCUUAUUAACCUCAGCUGUGGUCGAAAUCCGUGGAAGAAGGCAUCUCCUGAAGAUUCAACGUUCCAUGCUUUCCUCAAAAAUCGGGAUUUCCUUCGGACCAUUCUGCCUCUGUCUCCUGAGCUCAAUGCGAUCGCGCAACGCACGUUUGAAUGCGACCCUCAAAAACGGAUUACUCUGCCAGAGCUCCGCGAGUUGGUCGUCGAAUGCCAGCGACUCACUGUUCGCCCUAUCUCAGGAGUCUCUCAUCUGCCACCAUCCCCGUGUGUCAGCUAUGGAUAUGCCAAGGCCCCUUUCGGUUACAUGCAUUUCGACACUUAUUCUCCGGCAGCCGCACAGCCAAUCGAAGUACAGUACUCCAGCUCUGCAGUGUCCGACAGCUCGUUGACGGAUGACGACUCAUCCGUGUCCUCGUCCUCGUCUUCGGAAUACGCCCCUCCUGGUCAGCUGGCGCAAUUCAAGUUCGCUGCGCCAAUCAUUAUGCCCAACUACUGGUAUUCUUUGUUUCCUUUGGUUGAUAAGCCUGCGGUUCGCCAGUGCCCUCCCGAGGUGGCUGUGUGCUAA